AUGGCCGCACCAACAAUCACCCACUUCUUCUCUCGUUCUUCUAAUAGGUCUUCAGAAUCAGAUAAUGUUGUUCUCGCUCCAGAAUCGAUCAACAAUACCGGUAGUCGCGAUCCAGACGCCCUGAUCCAGCCAGAUGAGUUCAAGCUUCAGGGCGAGCAAUAUACUCGCUGUUCUGUGAUCGCAAGAGGCCCUAGGUCAACAAAGAAACGCACGUCGGUGAUCUGGCUAUACGGUGAGGAUCUACAGUCAAAGAGAGAUCGGAAACGGGUAUGGUACUGCUACCUCUGCGAGAAACAGCGCCGUCAACAAGAACUUCCAGCAGUCUCAAAUGGCAAUUCUACGGCACUUGAUCAUAUCCACCUGAAACAUCAUAUCGACAAGACUACUGGAGAACUCAAGUCCUUUCGAGGAGACUCGGUGGACUCGAGCCAGAGCUAG